GAGAUGGUGGUCGUUUUAAUAUUAUUUUAUUAACAUAGUGUAAGCUUCUUCUUAUUUUUCUUUCUAUUAUGUUGACCUUAAGAAGAAAGUGACAAGGAUUAAAAAAUUAAUUAAAGGAAAAAACUUGGAAUUGUUUUUCAAUAAAUUGGGGUUAGUUUAAAGGAAGUGAAGAGCGGUUUUGGUAGUGGUGGUGGUCGAGAAACGAGAAAGCUUCUUUUUUCUCUGCGAUCAGAUUUUUCUCAGAGUGAGAGAUCAAUCGAGCGGGAAAGAUAAUUCAUUAUUGCCAUGGGAGAUGACGAGCUGUCUCACCUCAAAUUCACCCUUCUGCUCGAAUCAGCAGCCUGCAAUGAUCUCUCCGGCUUUAAGUCUCUAAUCGAAGAAGAGGGUCUCUCUACCAUUGAUCGGUCCGGUUUGUGGUAUGGGAGGAGGUUAGGAUCAAAGAAGAUGUGUUUUGAAGAGAGGACGCCUCUUAUGAUCGCUGCCUUGUUUGGAAGCAAAGAGAUCGUUGAUUUCAUAAUCAGCACCGGUCUUGUGGAUGUGAACCGCUCUUGCGGCUCUGAUGGUGCAACAGCGCUUCACUGCGCUGUCUCCGGCUUGUCUGGGAAUAGCCUCGAGGUCGUUACUCUUCUCCUGAGCGCUUCUGCGGAUCCGGAAUCUCGUGAUGCAGAUGGUAACAAGCCUGUGGAUGUGAUGGUGUCCCCGUGCUUGAGUCCGGUUUUUAGCGGGAGGAAGAAGGUUUUGGAGAGGUUGUUGAAAGGAAAUGAAGCUGAUGUUCAAGAAGAAGAGGUUGAGGCUGAGGUUGAGGUUGAAGUGUCUCUUUCGCCUCCGAGGAAGGAGUACCCUAUUGAUCCGACGCUUCCUGAUAUCAAGAACGGUAUCUACGGAACAGAUGAGUUCCGUAUGUACGCAUUCAAAAUCAAACCGUGUUCCAGAGCAUACUCUCACGACUGGACCGAGUGUCCCUUCGUUCACCCAGGCGAGAACGCGAGGAGACGCGAUCCGAGAAAGUAUCACUACAGCUGCGUCCCUUGUCCCGAGUUCCGCAAAGGCUCUUGCUCCAGAGGGGAUUCUUGCGAGUACGCUCACGGUAUCUUCGAGUGCUGGCUUCACCCUGCUCAGUACCGUACCCGUCUCUGCAAGGACGAGACGAAUUGCUCGAGGAGAGUUUGCUUCUUUGCGCACAAACCUGAUGAGCUACGUCCCUUGUACACUUCGACUGGAUCGGGUGUUCCUUCUCCGAGGUCGUCCUUCUCGUCUUGCAACUCUGCUGCUUUUGACAUGGGACCGAUAAGUCCGCUUCCUCCGUUGAGUCCUAACGGCGGAGUGCUAACCACACCUCCUCUGAGUCCUAACGGUGUACCUUCUCCUAUUGGUAGCGGAAAGCCUUGGAUGAACUGGCCUAGCGCUACCCCUCCGACACUGCAUCUCCCAGGGAGCAGGCUCAAGUCCGCGUUGAACGCCAGAGAAAUCAACUUCUCUGAGGAGAUUCAUCAAAGCCUUGCUUCUCCAGGUAGAUGGAACAAUAACACAGCUGCUUCACCUCCCUUCUCUGGAAACGGCAUGAACAGGCUUUCGAGUGGAGGAAUCAGCCCGGUUCAUAGCCUAAGCGACAUGUUCGGGGCCAGCAGCCUCUCGUCGUCCCCUGUGGGAGCUAACUAUCAGUUCUCAAUGGAUUCCUUGGCUUCGAGAGCGGCUGCAUUUGCUAAUCAGAGAAGCCAGAGCUUCAUAGAACGCAGCAAUGAACUGAAUCAACACCGUCCCGCCAUGACUACUGCUUGUCUGGAUGACUGGGGCUCACUGGACGGAAAGCUUGACUGGAGCGUGAACGGAGACGAGCUGCAAGAACUCAGGAACUCCACUUCUUUCCGUCUCCGAGCUGGUAGCAUGGAAUCAAGAACCCCCACGGAGCUGGAGGAACCAGAUGUCUCGUGGGUGGAGCCGCUGGUGAAAGAGCCACAGGAGCCAAGGGUAGCUCCGGUUUGGAUGGAGCAAUCAUACAUGGAGACAGAACAAACCGUUGCUUGAAUCAAAAAGUUUUGAAACAUCAUUAACAAAGAAGCAGAAGAAGAAAAAAGAGAAGUCUAAACAAAUUUCUGAGGUCGUUGCUAAUCUUAUUACAUUUGUUGUUUUAAAUGUUUCUUUCUUUCUCUAGAAUAAGAAUAAAAAAGUUUCUUUGGGGGCAAAAGAGAGUUUCUUUGUCUCUCUCUCUCUCUUUGUCUCCAUAGAAAAAAACAGAGGUGAUUAAGGUUUCUAAAACCAAAAAGAAACCUUAACUCACCUCACUUCCUUGAUUCUUUUCAUAUUUAAUCAAUUUCCUUUUAUAAUUA